AAAAAAAAUUAUAAAAAUAGACCACAUUUCUAAGGCUCGAAGCUAUUCAAUCGCAGUCUUCUCAUUUCCUCCUUUAAAUUUUAAAUAGAAUAUACGUAGGUAGGAUGUACAAGCUGCAACCUUUAUUUAAGUCGGUAGUGGAGACUCCGCAUCCGAGUUGUGUCUAUAAAAUGAAAAAAAUCAGUGACCAUUUUAAUCACAAUAUUGCUGCCAAUAAUGACGGGACUGGGGAAAACACUCAGAAUGACGCAACUUCCAACAACUGCGAGGUGGAAGAGCUGGAAAAACGUUGGACAGAGAUCACUUCCAGACUUCAGAGACUUCAAUCUGAACUUGCUGCAAUUAAAACUGGUUCAGCGUCUGAAUUGUCUUCCUUCGUAGAUGCUGGGCCGGCUCCACCAUUGACUAUCAAGACACUGGCAGUCCAGCAGGAUUUGCUGGUUCUUCGUAUUUCUUCCCUCAUGACUUCACUCUUUGAGCUCAAGUCGAGAUUGGCGCUGAUGGAUGACCCUCAGAGUAUAUCCAGUACCACUGUUCUGCAACUGCAGCAAAGGUCCUUGCUGGAGCGUAUCAGAGAACUCAAUGAUGAGAUUCAAAGCAUCAGUUAUGCACUGAACAAUAAUAACAAUAAUGGCAAGGUGCCCAUUACUCCGCAGCUCCCGUGCUGUACUGAGAAGACAGAUAUUGUAGGAUCAGGGGUUCGAAACUUCCAAGAUUUGGUGAUCCAAGCUAGCCCAUCUAAUCCUCCGCAUUCACUGCCGCUGUUGAAGCAACGAAUGGAAAUGCUCGGCAUGUCCGUCUACGCCAGGACGCACGUCCAUUCGACGGUUGCUGGACACAAACUACUGGAUGAUACUCUUAAAUCUUUCGUAUACUCUGAUUCACGUGUUGAACGAUCCAAAGCUCACGUAGCGAUAACUCUAAUCUGGAUUAAAGAUGAUGGCGAAGAGCCUUCCCUUAUGGUGUCACCCUCAUCUCAGGGUGUAGCCAUUAAAGGAGAAGCCAAUAUUGCCCGAUAUUUGGCUAGACUGUUGCCUGGGUUAUUGGAUUACGAAAGCCAACCGUUGAAGGCUGCUCAAAUCGACCACUAUCUCGACCUGACGGAAUGCUCUGCGCCCCUGGGAGCACGAGGAUUGAAACGAGAUCGGGCGGCUGCGUUGCAAUUACUGGAAAGAACUCUCUCCACCAAUAAAUCUCUCGAAGGCAGCCAAGUCGGAGUAGUAGACUUUGUAGUCUAUUCAGCGUUGGUGAACUCUUGCACGGAGAAGGAGAUUGGCACGCAUAUCCGCUCCUGGAUGGACCGUUGCCGAUCCACCGUCAAAAAGGCGAACGCUACCACGUCGCCAUCAGACAGCAAGCGCAGUAAUUUGGAGAAAUAUCUACUGGAACUUGGCAUCGCUUUUCGGACCGUCGAGCAUCCGGCCGUCUUUACCGUGGCAGCUAUGAUGGAACAUAUUUCGCAUUUAGUCGGCUUUCACGCCAAGAAUCUUUUGGUGAAGGACAAGAAAACGAGCAAAUUGUACCUCAUCACCGCUCGUCACGACGCCACCGUCCAACUUGGCCAAAUUUCCAAAGUUAUUGGCGCCAAAGAGCUCCGAUUCGCUGACGCCGAGACGCUCGAAGCGAGUCUAGGCGUGCAGCAAGGAUCGGUGACGCCUUUCGCCUUGUUGAACGACGCCCAGGAGCAUCGAGUCACUUUUGUUUUGGACGGCCAACUUUGGAGCGAAAAGAACAGCGACGGUCAAGAUUCUUAUUUGAACUUUCACCCAAUGACCAACGAGGCCACGACUAGCAUCACCGUCGCCGGAUUCAAAGUAUUUCUCAAGGCAACCGGACACGAGCCAGUCAUCAUUCAACUCUGAAUAUACGCCACUCCUCUUUUGCUGUUAUGUGCAAAAAUGUAUUGAUGCCGCCGCGACGCUCUCGUGUGUCGUAGGACACAACACCAAACUGUGCAGUAAUGAAUACACCCAGCAUCACCUCCCGGAA